AUGUCAACACUCGAGGAUGAAUUGGGAAUGCAAGAAGACCUUGUCACUCUUUUUGCCAGACAGAUGAAAAUGGAAUCCCCAGCGUCAUCUGACAUGCCUUUCGUUUUUACACCUUCCAUCACCUAUGGCACUGCACAACACCUACCUCAUUCUUCCCAUGAAGUUUGCCAAACAACCUCAGGUUCUCCAGAAGAGGGGCCGGAGGGUUUCGCAAGCCUUUCCACAGAUACAGUCUCACUAAACAAGACAGUAAGGAGUGACGAUGUUAGUAGCUUAUCCCUUUCACCAACACAGCUCCGACUACUAGACGCGAGCAAUACUAUCAAGGAUCCCUUGAGCCAAGUAUCCCGAGCAGUAUGUAUUGACGGCAUCGAGAGUGACCGUGAGAUGUGUGAUCCAAAUCGGGAAAUAAACAAUGACGACAGCCAGUAUGCUGAGUCUUACAUGAUAUCUGGCUACGAGGCGCUCUCGCAGAAGACAUGCAAUCUUCAUGCUCACGAUAUGCCUCUGAGGAAGGAACCCACAACUGGGACACCAUACAUCCUCGCUAAGGAUCCUGUUUACAAGGCCCAGGGUCAAUGGCAACAUGUAAGCACUAGUAUACAGAAGAGCAAUAUCACACUGGAGACAGACAUACAGGCGUCUUUAUUCCUUAUCAAGCGCCGCCAUGGCUUCUGCGAGGGCAUCCGCAAGGGCAUCGGCCGAGCGCCUAACUUCACCGGUGGCAUCUGCCGCACGCUUAAGCAUAGAGCAAGGCUGGCCAGGAAGACUGCACCAUCUCUGCAUGGUCGCAGCUUGUACAGUUGUAGCCGCAAGGGCAGCAAGAACGAAUACAACAAGCUUCAUUUUCAGGGAGGACAGUUACAGGUCGGAAAUCAAGUCAAUGCUGUGGAAAAGGUCUUUGUCUUUCCUUCGUCGUGCUGCUGGAACGUCUUUGUAUCCCCGCUCUUCUAUCCCAGUGCGAUGUGCGUUGCAAACCUCCCCCUUCCAUUUGCCAGCGUUCAGUCUGAUAUUUUUAAGCCUACCAAGUAUGGUGGUAAAUACACUGUUACUCUUAUUCCAGGUGACGGAAUUGGUGCCGAAGUUGCCGAGUCUGUCAAGACCAUUUUUAAGGCCGACAAUGUGCCCAUUGAGUGGGAGCAAGUAGAUGUCAGUGGGGUGAAUACAGGCAAUAAACACUCGGAAGAGCUUUUCAAGGAAUCGAUUGCAUCGCUCCGACGUAACAAGUUGGGCCUGAAGGGUAUCCUCUUCACCCCUGUUGAACGCUCAGGCCACCAGUCAUUCAAUGUUGCCCUUCGCCAGGAGCUUGAUAUUUUCGCCUCCAUUGUUCUCAUUAAAAACAUUCCUGGCUACAAAACGCGUCAUGAGAAUGUUGAUCUAUGUAUCAUUCGUGAGAACACUGAGGGUGAAUAUUCGGGACUUGAACAUCAGUCUGUCCAGGGGGUUGUUGAAUCUCUUAAGAUUAUCACCCGUGCUAAGUCCGAGCGUAUUGCCAAGUUCGCCUUUGGCUUUGCUCUUGCAAACAAUAGAAAGAAGGUUACAUGCAUCCACAAAGCUAACAUCAUGAAACUUGCGGAUGGUUUGUUCCGCAGUACAUUUCACAAGGUUGCCGAGAAUUACCCGACCCUAGAGGUUAAUGACAUGAUUGUCGACAAUGCAUCCAUGCAGGCCGUCUCACGGCCUCAGCAAUUUGACGUGAUGGUUAUGCCCAACCUGUACGGAGGUAUCCUUUCCAACGUUGGUGCAGCUCUUGUGGGCGGACCAGGUGUGGUUCCUGGUUGCAAUAUGGGUCGCGAUGUUGCUGUUUUUGAACCCGGCUGUCGCCACGUUGGUCUUGAUAUAAAGGGCAAAGACCAGGCCAACCCUAGCGCCAUGGUUCUCUCUGGGUCUAUGCUCUUGCGUCACCUUGGCUUGGAUGACCACGCAAACAGAAUCUCAAAGGCCGUGUAUGAUGUGAUUGGAGAAGGGAAAACGAGGACCCGCGACAUGGGCGGAGAGGCGACAACGCACGAGUUUACAAGAGCUGUCCUGGAUAAAAUGGAGACUGCACUGUAA